AUGAGUCUUGCAAAACUAUGUUGCUCGAGCAAGCUACCAGGCUUGGCCGCAAGUCGAGUGGUCAGCCUUGCGCCUCGUACGACCUUGCUCGCCGGUCGAACAACCCCGACCUCCUUCUCCCGCUCAACGUCACAUCUACGUCUUACCUCCUCGCAUCUCAUCCGCAACUUCACCUCGUCGCCCAUAUUCCUAGCCGCGGAAAGAGCUGCAGCACCACAAGCAGAAGCUCACCCGAUCUCUCUCCUCCGCAACAUCUCCAUAAUCGCACACAUCGAUGCAGGCAAAACAACCCUAACCGAACGCCUCCUCCAUCUUACCAACGCCGUCUCCAGCUCCGGUGCUAUUCCAGGCGACGUCGACUCCGGAUCUACCGUAACUGAUUUCCUCGAACAAGAACGACAGAGGGGGAUUACAAUCCAGAGUGCUGCUGUUGGGCCUGUUUGGUGGCCUUCCCCCUCCCCCACCCCCUCUUCUGCAGGGAAGAAGAAGAGGGAUACGGUUGGGAUCACAUUGGUAGAUACACCAGGACAUAUCGAUUUUGGGAUUGAAGUCGAGCGAGCACUACGCGUAGUCGAUGGAGCAGUAGUAGUGUUGGAUGGUGUAGAAGGGGUUGAAUCUCAGACGGAGAAUGUGUGGGGGCAGGCUGCGAGGUAUGAUGUGAAAUCGAGCAUUCUUUUUGUCAAUAAGUUGGAUAGGAUGGGCAGCUCGGUCGCGCAAAGUUUGAGGAGUGUGAUUAGGUCUGGUUUGCAUCAGAGGCCAUUGUUGUUGCAGUUGCCAGUGCCGGUGGAGGGGAGGAAUGAACCGGGGAUAAGUGGGGUGGUUGAUUUGGUUGAGAUGCAAGCCCUAACCUUCUCGGGGAAAGCGGGGGAGGUGGCGAAUAGGAGAGAGCUGAAGGUGGGGGAAGAGAUGUAUGAAGAGGCGAAGGAAGCUAGGCAUGCACUGGUGGAAUGUCUCGCGUCACUGGAUGAUGUGUUGUUGGAGGAGUUGUUUGGAUUGCCGACGGGGAGUGGGGAAGAACCGCACGGUAAGAUGCCUGCUAGCUCGCUGAAGCAGGCAAUUAGAAGGCAGACGUUAGCGGGCACGAUUUUGCCGGUAUUGUGCGGGUCAGCAGCAAAGAAUAUCGGUGUUCAGCCGCUGUUGGAUGCUAUUGCUGACUACCUCCCUAGUCCUGCCGACAAAAGCGAAGUUGUCGGCACCGUUACUGGUUCCUCCUCAAUCAUUUCGAAAGACUCCGCAAAAGGGGAGGAAGCAGGCAGCGCCGGAAAAGAAAUUUCAGUCUCGCUCAACGACAAACGAACAACAGCCCUAGCCUUCAAAGUCGUACAUGACAAACGUCGAGGACCCACCACUUUCAUCCGUGUCUAUUCCGGCACCCUCCAUCGUUCUUCCGUCUUGUUCAACACAACCACCGGUGCUAGAGAACGCCUCUCCCGUGUCCUCUUCCCCUUUGCAGACCAGUAUGUCGAAACAGCUACCAUACGCGCAGGUCAAAUAGGUGUAAUCCUCGGCCUAAGAGACACUCGUACUGGCGAUACACUCGUUGAUAUUUCCUCCACCCCCAACUCGCCCUCCAACUCCAAAUCCACCACCAGCAAGCCCCUCGAUGCGAACGAAUCAAAAUCUCUCCGACUUAAAAAAGUUCACAUACCACCACCAGUUUUCUCCAUGUCACUCGAACCCGCAUCCAAAUCUGACGUCGAUUCUGUAUCGGAAGCGCUACACCUCCUUAUUCGCACAGACCCCUCGUUGCGGCUGGAUGAAGCAGGAGCAAGCGCGGGAACAGGUACGGGUCAGACGGUGCUGAGUGGUAUGGGAGAAUUGCAUUUGGAGAUCGCAAAGGAUAGGUUGGCGAAUGAGUUUGGUGUGAAUGCUAGGAUGGGGGCUGUUAGGGUAAGUUAUAGGGAGACACUGGGUGAGGAGGUCGGUGUUUUGGAGGUGAGGGAGACGGUGGAGAGGGAGUUGGCUGGCAAGAAGAUUAAGAUUGGGGCAGAGAUGAGGGUGAGAGCGUUGGGUGAGGAGUUGGGGAGGGUGAACGAUGCUGAUGCGAUUAGUUUUGGUGGGAAUGUGAUUAAUAUUUCGUUCGAUUCUGGAUCCAACCAUGACGGUAACAAGGCAGGUAAGGAGGGUAAGGAGGAGAAUGAUAUAGAGGCAUACUUAGCCGACAGCCCACGACAGAGCAAGUCCAAAUCUUCCAAAGAUUCUUCAACCACCUCUUUGGACAGUAGUAGGCCCGGUAUGGACCCAACCACUCUAGCCACAAUGUUCAAAACCGGCAUGGUCGCUGCUCUCUCCCGUGGCCCUCUAACCUCGAACCCCCUCAUGGGUCUCGAAAUCUCCAUCUCCAACAUCGACUUGUACGGCCCAGAACUUUCUUCUUCAGCAGCAAUCUCCUACCUCCUCUCCCGCCUUCUCCGUACACUUCUCCGAACCAAACCAAAGCUCAACCCCGAUACCGGUCUCCCCUCAGGUCCGGCUGCGGCGAGGACGACGUUAAUGGAACCGAUGAUGUCCACUCGCAUCAUGGUGCCGGAAGUGCACCUUGGGAAGGUGAUCAAUGAUAUCACCUCUGAACAGGGGGGAUUGGUGCAGGAUGUAAUUCACGCUGCUUCAAGUUCGGAGGUUAGUAGAGGAGAGACAGGAGGGAAAGAGGAGGUCUAUAUCCCGAAAUCGAGCAACAGGUUCGAAUUGCAAUCUUCGGCGGCGAGUUCUGGGGCAAAGGGUAAAAGUGAUGGGGGCGAGGGAGGAGGAAAGGCGGAGAUCCACGCUGUGGUACCAUUGGCGAAUCUAGUAAGGUAUUCGUCAAAGCUAAGAGCACUCGCGGCGGGAAAUGCUCAGUUUAGUAUGCAGUUACAGGGAUUUGCCAAAGUCUCACCUUCUAGGCAGAGUGAAAUUCUUCAAGACUUGGGUCGAUAG